UCUCUCCAGUUUCAGUUCGGAAGGUUUCUCACGAUGACGAUGAUGACGAUUUCGUUUCAAAUCCAGUGAUGGGAGGUUUAAAGUGUUUAUGUUUAAAGUAAUAUAAUUUAAUACCUACCCUUACUCUAAAAAUAUUGAUUCAUUUGUUCUUUCGUUGAGAUGGAAUAUUUGUGCUUAGUGAGUGCUUGAGUGUUUUGAAAACGAAUAAAGUACGAAAGUUUGUUUUUGAGCAAUAGUUUUUAAAUUCACUUCAAAUUUAUUUUGUAAUUGUUUUGAAUAAAAUGGUCGUCAGUUUUAAAAGAAGUUCUUCAAACAACGGUAACAACCAUCGCUCUAGCUUAAAUAAAUCUCAUCAUUUAAAGAGUUCAUCAAAAUUAGUUCACACAAAUGCAUCUUUAAAAACAACUAAUUUUACUGUGCUGGAAUUGAAUUCAAAUUUGACUGCAUAUAUCAAAAAUGAGGAUAUGGCAGCAACAACAACUGCAACAACCACAAAACAGGAUAUAGCUGCAUUUCCCGCACAAACUGUUGCCACAUUUGUAAUAAACAAUAAACGACCAACGAUAAUUAUAUACCCUACAGUUUCACCAGAAUCGGUUGUUAUUCCGAUUGUUUCCUGCAUCCUAGGAUUUCCUUUAUUGGCCUUACUAGUUAUAUGUUGCCUGCGAAGACGUGCUAAGCUGGCGAGAGAGCGUGAUCGACGCCGUAAUUACGAUAUUCAGGACCAUGCCGUUAGCCUGGUCAGGUUUAGUCCAAUUCAUAGGCUUAAUAACCGAUCCUCCAGAGUUAUCAGCUUACGCCCUGAGCGAAGCUUAAGCCAUGGUUUUCCAUCACUUGAACUUGACACAGUGCUGGAAGAACGGAGUGACGUUGAACAAACUCAAACCGAGAUCUUUAAUUCGGACUCGCCAGUGGAAUCAACAUCACAGCACAAUUCAUAUUCUAGCUAACACCUACUAAAUGCGAUGACUGGCAAUAAAAAUAGAAUAAGUAGUAGUUGCAGUAGUCCCUUAAAAAAUUAUGUUGAACAAAAUAAAUUUACAAGUAUUGACGAUCAUUUAUCAAAAUCAAAAGAACCGAAGCACAAAACGAUACGUUCCGAUUCACAUUCAAUACUUGAUGGUUCACCAUUGUGGACGACACUGACUCAUGCUCAGACAAUCAAUGAGUUUUCCAAUGAUUGUUCAUAACACCCAAUACAAUUAUUAUCAAUAAUAUCAAAAUAUCUUCCUACAACGAUAAAGUGAGGACCUUAUUUGUACAAAAUAUCUAUUUAAAGUACAUACAAACCUAGCUAAAUAAAAAAAAAUACAAGACCAAUUC